AUGGAUUCUGACCAGCUCCUUGUCUGCCCUUACGAUCAGAGCCACAAGAUCCGAAGCAGUCGCUUCCCUUACCACCUGGUGAAAUGCAGGAAAAAUCACCCAGAAUUGGCGAACAUUAUUAAAGUCUGCCCCUUCAAUGCCAGGCACAGAGUUCGCAAGCCUGAAUUCAAGCAUCAUCUUCUCCAUUGUGACGAUGGCAAACUGGCUGGAGAGGACAGUGAGCAGGGGGCUGAAUCCAAGCAUUCAUUUGGCUCCACAAACUCUGCAUGGCUGGCUGAUAACGAAGCGAGACCUCCCAGUGGAGAGAACUGGGAUGAAGAGGAGGAAGAGGCCUCACCUCCUUUUGUCUUUGGUGAGAGUAAAUUUCUUAAUGGCAAGAAGAUUAGGGGAGGAGCGCAUGUGCGGGGUGGUUGGCGGCGUCAAGGUGUCUGGGCUUUGGCUUUGAGGCGGAGAGAGGGAAAAGGAGGAAAAGAAGAAGGAAAGGAAGUUUUCAGGAUGAGCUUCCUUGAUCCUGAUGACCUGCUACAGUGUCCCUAUGACAUGAACCAUCAUAUCCGAGCUUGCCGAUUUCCCUACCACCUGGUGAAGUGCAGGAAGAAUUUUCCAGACAAAGCUCGGAAUUUAGAGUCCUGUCCUUUUAAUGCAAGACACCGGAUCCCGAAAGCUGAGAUGAAACACCACAUCACAAUUUGUGCAGACAAGAAGGUUAUUGAGGAGGAUUUUGUGAGCAGCGCUCAGCGAAAACCCUGUGACGUUCCUCAAAGUACUUGGCAAUGCCCCCCACUUGAGGAAGACUGGGAGAAAGAUGAGGAUGAAUCACCUGGAACUUUCAUCUAUGGCUACACCAAUCUAAACAAAAACUGCAUCAAAGCCAGUUCUGUUUCAGCAUAUGAAAACAACCACAAUAUUACAGCUGGGGUAAGAGCUCCCAAGUCUUUUCCAGAGCAGCUCUCCUCAAGUACGCGUGUGGGAUCCAUUCCGUUUGUUCGGCCUUGGAGAAUUGGUAUGACACCUAAAGUGAAAGAGCUGUCUGGCCUCCCACUACAGUCUCCCAUUUCCUCUGUCGUGGAGACAACUGAGAAGGGAACCUAAAGGAGAAGACACUACUGUUUUAGACAAGGCUUGGAUCUGCAGUUGAAUUUGUGCUACUGGUUUUAAGUUUCUGUUGCUGCAGGAAGCACUGAUUGAAAUGGUGGAAAGACUAAAUUGUCAGUCAACGGACUUGCAUGUUGUCAGCUAAGUGAAUCAUUUUAUAAUAGAAACGUUCAGUUGUCUUACUGGAACCUGUCUGAUGCUAUUUCAAGUGACUUUUGCAAAAUCA